CUUUCAGGGGAAAGGAUGACGCAUUUGGAGGAGAAAAUGGAAGUCGCGGUGGGCCAUGAGCCGAUGCCCCCCACCGUUGGGACCAAUGUGCUGGGGAGGAAGGUCCUCUAUCUGCCGAGCUUCUUCACCUACGCCAAGUACAUUGUGCACGUGGAUGGGAAGAUCGGGCUGUUCCGAGGCCUAAGCCCCCGACUGAUGUCCAACGCCCUCUCUACCGUGACCCGGGGCAGCAUGAAGAAGGUUUUCCCUCCGGAUGAGAUCGAGCAGGUGUCCAACAAGGAUGACAUGAAGACCUCUCUGAGGAAGGUGGUGAAGGAGACCUCCUAUGAGAUGAUGAUGCAGUGCGUGUCUCGCAUGCUGGCCCACCCCCUGCAUGUCAUCUCAAUGCGCUGCAUGGUUCAGUUUGUGGGACGGGAGGCCAAGUACAGUGGCGUGCUGAGCUCCAUUGGGAAGAUUUUCAAAGAGGAGGGGUUUCUGGGAUUCUUUGUUGGCUUAAUCCCUCACCUCCUGGGAGAUGUGGUUUUCUUGUGGGGCUGUAACCUGCUGGCCCACUUCAUCAAUGCCUACCUGGUGGAUGACAGCUUCAGCCAGGCCCUGGCCAUCCGCAGCUACACCAAGUUUGUGAUGGGGAUUGCAGUGAGCAUGCUGACCUACCCCUUCCUGCUGGUCGGUGACCUCAUGGCUGUGAACAACUGUGGGCUGCAGGCCGGGCUCCCUCCCUACUCCCCCGUGUUCAAGUCGUGGAUUCACUGCUGGAAGUACCUGAGCAUGCAGGGCCAGCUCUUCCGCGGCUCCAGCCUCCUUUUCCGCCGGGUGUCAUCAGGAUCGUCCUUUGCCCUGGAGUAACCUGAAUCACUAAAACCGCGGCUCAGCCUGGCCCUCUCAGCCUGGCCACCGCAGGUGGGGCCUGACCAGCUCGGGCCCUUGUAAGACGACUCCAACCCAGCAACACCUAGAUGUGCUGCAGCCCAGCCGGGCUUCGGCGUCCAUGUUUGCCCUGUGUCUGUCCAGAGGCGGGGUUGAGUGGGGUGAGGCUGCACCCAGGGCCCGGUCACCUGUUAGGCCUGGGGGAGGUGGGGCGGGGCUGGAGAACGGGGCAGAAUCCCCUUGCUUCACAGCUGUACCAGGUCUGCCUGUUGCGGGUCAGAGGCUGCAGAGGCCCAGGUCGGAUGGGAACAGGCUCUUGAGGUCAGGUCCCACCCCACUCACCCCAGUCAGCCCCAGCUCCCCCUGCAGCUCAGCUGGGAGCACCACUCUCCUGCUUGUAAAUAGGGCGUGAUCCCCUGCCACGAGCCACCCACCAUCAUGCCCAGGCCUGUGCUAGAAGCUGUGGCUGGUUCUGCCUUUGUUUUCUCAACACUACUUUCCAAUGGGAAGGCAGCACCUUCUGAAAGGGAAAUCACGUGGCCGCUCAGAAUGUGUCCCUCAUCGAAUGCGCACCUGCUAAUGGUGACGGCGUGUGCGGGAUCUGGUUCCCUGUGCACUUGUGAACACUCAGAAGUUAGGCAGGUCAGUGCCUCUAGUCCUACCCAGUUUAAAAGUCCCUGAUACGAUUGGACUGUUUCUUCCUCAAAUAAACGUACUGGUGGUGAUUUGGA